CUGUACUGUACUAUGGUUUAGGUUUUCGAUCAAAAAUUUCUCCUAUCUCAUUACAUUCUUUUCUCAGUAUUUCUAUGGUUGAAGGCUCCCGUGGAAGGUUCGCAGGCUCGUCGCCGUUGAAGGCCCGUCGCCGUUGAAGGCCCGUCGCCGUUGAAGGCUCGUCGCAAAUCCUACCGUGACCCAAUCGCUGCCUACCGUUGUCGUCGAAAGAGAGCUUCAACGAAAACCCACGGUGACUCUGCCCUAGCCCUACCGUGACGCGCGACCGCUGCCACCGUGACUCUGUCGACAAAGGAGAGUUCCAACGGUGACCCUGCUCUGACCCUUGUCGUUGUUGCUGUAUCGACUGUCGAGGGGCCUGUCUUGUUCACUGCCAUACCGACCGUCGAGGAGGAGAUUUUUGGACCAGUUCUUUUUCUUAUGGAGGUGCAUUUAUUUGCUGAUAAUUAGCAUCAUAUAAUUUGAGACCAACAGAGGCCAUAGACAUUACCAAUGAUAACAGAAAAGACAAAGGAGAUGUGGAUGAGGAUGAGGCCCUGUGUUAUCUUCAUUCUGGAAAAGAGUUGGUAAUGAACAGGGUGAGAUGAAAGUGUGAACAAUAUCAGGAUCGGAGACAAAUAGCUUUGAGAUAUUAGUAGCUGCUGUUCUUGAGCUGUAAUUCCUUCGGUGUUUCUUUCCCUUAGGAUCUGUAGUAACAAGAAUCUUAGAAUUUAUUUGGUUAACACAAGCAGCCCAAUGGACAGCGUAGUUGAUUCUCUGAAUAAUGCCUAUCAAGAUUUUGUUUCUGCUGCUGCCAAUGUAUUAGAGGCCAAAGAAAAUGCUGGUUCCGUUAAAACAACAGCUACAGAUACUGCUCUAGAGAACUUUAAGCAGAAGUGGGAAUUGUUUAGAGUAGCAUGUGAUCAAGCUGAGGAGUUUGUGGAGUCUGUGAAGCAAAGAAUAGGAUCCGAGUGUCUAGUGGAUGAGGCAACAAGGCCUGUGGCAGGAAAACCUGGACAAGCUACCAUGACUGGUCUUCCUCCCAUAAGUGCAGUUCGGUUGGAACAAAUGAGUAAAGCAGUUCGAUGGCUUGUCAUUGAAUUGCAGCAUGGUUCUGGAGCUAGUUCUGCUAAUUCAGCUCUUUCCCAUCCCUCAGCUCCAUUCGAUGCGAGGUUUUCUGAAGAUUCUACUCAGUAGCAUUAGUUUGAUGAUUAAUGUUAUAUAUUUCUCUAUACUGAUCUUUCUUAGGGUAGACUGCUUUCGGCAUUUUAUACCAUGUUAAGUAUUAGCUCUUUGUUAAGCUGUUAAAGAAUGCAACUUAUGUGUAUUGUGCAUCUGUGACAACAUUCCUUAGUUUUAUGGUCAUAAUUAAUGUAUUUUAUUUUAACCUAAAAAAUCGUAUGAGUUCCACUGUGAAUUUAUUAAAC